CGAGGCGAAUGAAAAAACGGGCCGAGCGAGAAAAUGGCGUAGAAGCCCAGGAAAAUUCAUCUCGUUUAAAAAACCUAAAAAACAAGGAAGACUUAGCAAAUAUUCCAAGCUCUGGGCAGAGAUGUUUCCCGGAGGAAAUGGCAACGCCGACAUGGGCUACAACAAGCACGCCCACGUCCACGGACACGGACUUGUCCACGGGCUCAACCAUAAUCAGUUCCUGGGACAACCCCCGCCGCCACCCACACACUUUCCCCUGCCCCCGGGUGGAGGUCAGGGCAUGGUGACCCCCCUCGUGGCCGCUGGUCUUCCGCUCGCCAUGCAGGGUGGCGCCGGCAUCGAUUGGGCGCAGCUCGCCCAGCAGUGGAUCCACAUGCGAGACGCUUCCCCGGUCGCCAUGCCCGUGGCUCCUCCACCGCCCAUCAUCGGUAAUGUGCGGGAGUACCACAACCAGACGCAGCCGAUGCCGCUGCCCAGUGUAGUCAGGGCGUGCCAUCCAAUCCUCGAGGAGCACGGAGAGGCGGACAUGGACAUGGACGACGAGCAUGAACGGGGACAUGGCGCAGACACACCUCCACCGCCGGCUCCAGUUGUUACGCAAUCCCAAUGGAUGGCGGUCAGCGAGGCCCCUGCCCAGGCCGUAGAGGCCUCCAGCGGAGCGGCUGCCACGCUGGGUAAGCAGGCAUGGAACAACUGGCACACGCUGCCCGGCAAAUCCACGGGCAAUCCCACGGCGCAUAUACCCUCGCUGCUCAAGCUCAACGUCAGCAAUCCAAAUGAGCCGCAGCAACAGCUGCAGUUGCAGUUGCAGGCACCGCAGCAGCAGCCAACGCAUCCUCACCAUCCACAAGCACAUCAGCCACAUUCGCAUCACCCACCACCACACAUACAGCAGCAGCAGCAUCAACAGCCACCGCAGACGCAGCAGGAAAGCGGAAGUGGCAGUGCCAGCAGUGAGAUCGAUGCAAACAAACGCAAAAUGUUGCCAGCUUGGAUAAGAGAGGGCCUGGAGAAAAUGGAGCGCGAAAAGCAGCGGCAGCUGGAGCGCCAGCAGCCCUCUAUUGGUACGACAGAUGAUGAGGUCAAUCAUGUUAAGCAAGUAUCAAGCAAAACACUAACAACACCUGUUAAUCUAUUGAACAUCGCGAACGUGGCUAGCGACAGCGAAGAUUCCAUUGGCUUGCCUGGGGAGGAGACGCUUGGAGAAUUGAAGGAUCAGCAAAUAGGUAAUGAAUUAAUAAGUAAAGACGGCGAUAUCAGCAGCAGCGACGAACGGGAGGAAGACCAACGAGGCCCCACCGAAACCGGAAAGCGGGAGGCGGCGGAGCAAGUAACAGCGGCAAUUGAAAACGAUGUCAAUGGUAAAAACUACGAAGAAAGACUGGCGGAUCUGAUGCUUGUGGUUCGUCGGACACUAACCGAAAUCCUGCUGGAAACCACAAACGAAGAGAUUGCAGCCAUUGCAGGCGAGACUUUGAAAGCACACCGUGCUAAAGCGUCAUCAGCCCAAGUGAUUCGCAAAAGCGCCUUGUCCUCCAUUACCGGCAACUUGGGUUUAGCUGCCUAUGGCGAUUCUUCCAGCGAAAGCGAAGAGGAUGAGAAUGACGGAGAUGGCGAGCGCCAAGCGGAUGCUGGAAAGGAUGGCGACAAAAGCGUUCAUAUAAGCGCGGAGGAGUUGAAGGCUCGCAUACGGCGCAGCAAACGAUCCUUCGAGCGAGUCAUUGACGACAUUGAAGAUCGAGUGGUCAAACAAGAGCAGCUAGAUGAGCAAACUCUGCAGCGACAUCGCAAGCGGGAGCUGGAGCGCUCCGACGCCGGUGCUAGCGAGCAUCGUCGCCCGCUGGCCAAACCGGAACCGGCCGGCGAUUUGGCCAGUCAACCAACCCAUGAAAAGCUGCUGCAGUUCAAUGGCAAACGACCCAGCCGGAAAGAGCGCACCACUCGCUUCAGCGACAAUAAGGACGGCAAGCAUCAGUCGCAGAGCUACGUCCAACAAGUGGUGGCAGCUGCCUCUGUGGCUCCACUGAACACAAUGACCAGCAGCACAGGUCCCCCAAAGCUGAAGCCCGUUCCAAAUCCGGCCACCAAUCUGCUACAGAUGCCAGAGUCUGUAGCCAGCAUGCUAAGUGCGGCGGACAAGGCGCUUCAAAAGGCCAACAAAUCGUCGCGCAAGUCGAAAAGCAAGCGUCGGCACUCGUCCACCUCCUCCUCUAGUAGCACGAGUAGUGGGAGCAGCUCGAGCAGUGAAAGCGACGACAGCAGCAGCAGUUCCAGCGGAUCCAAGACGUCCAGCAGUCGCAACAAGCGAGUCGGCCGUCAUGGACACCGUAGUCACGGCAGCAGCCGCAGCAAAUAUGAGCGUCGCGAUCGCGACAGAGAAAGGGAUCGGGAUCGGGAUCGGGGUCAUCGCCAGCGCCGCAGCCACUUUAGUGGUGGCAGCAGUAGUGGUGGUCAUCGCCAAAGGCAGCGACGACAUGGGGACUCGAGCCACUCCGGCGAGGAUGAGGGCGGCAGUAGCAGCUACCACCGCUCCUCGCGACAAAGCAGUAGCCGCAGCUACGAACACGGCAGCAGCAGCAGUGGACGGAAACGACACCGCACAAGAUCCCGCUCCAAGUCGCGCAGCACACAUCACUCCAGCUCCAACGCAUACUCAUCCACUUCUUCCGCGUCGCAUCCGCGCAAGCGCCACUAAGAUUACGACCACAGCUAAUUGUUAUAUUGCAUAAUUAUCUUUUUCCCCUGUUUAAGAUGCUUUCAGUAAACCGUUUUAAUCCAGCUUAAUAAAUUUCAUAAAGAAAA